AUGGAGAACGACGCUUCACUAGAGCUAGAAAGGGAACCAUUGGAGGCGUCCAACGCAGGCACAAGCGACGAGACGACGUGGUUCGAGAAAGAGAAGGAGCGGCUGAGCAGAGAGAUAGCGGGUGAAUUUGAACAAGCGCUGAAUAACUCCAAUAUGCUUGGAAGGCGUUUGGAGGAGGUUCUCGGCGUUGGGAAGGAAUUCAAGACGAUCGCUGCGCUUUGGGGGGUUUUCGGGAAUAUCGUAGGCACGCGCCCGGCAGACGGCGUGGAGGAUGGCGGGCGGAGUGUGGUGCAGGGCGUGAGUGGGAAUGGAGGUAAUGAAUUUGGUGGCGGUGAUAGUGGCGUUGGUAGUGGCAUACCGGGCACUGGAUCAUCGAAUUACUACGCCUCUGCAUCUGCAUCUGCAGCUACUUCGAGAGCCGUGUAG